UGACACUUCCUUAGGUCGAGGCCUAGCACGCCCUACUAUCCACCCUCUCAAAGCUCUUAGUCGUUACUGCUAUAUCGAUUUAUUUUGAAGUUGGGUUUAUUCGAAGUUUUAGCCUAUCCUAUUUAUCCCGGGACAACUUCUUUCUCCCUGGCCUUGUUCCAUUUUACUUUUCUGAUUGAAAGUAGCAAGCCGCCCAGAAUUUUUAUUUAAUGUUUUGUUACUGAUGAUUUUCUUUUUUUAGGCCAGGUUGCACGGAGACGAAUUUGAAACUUACAAUUUAUACACACAUAUUCUUUUAAUUACUUACUUUGACCGGACAUAGAGAAGUUUUUCAGGUACAAAUGGCUAUUGACGGCAGUUUUAGCCUUCAUUCAGCGGUCGAAAGAUUUCUCGACCGUUUUCCAAAGCUUCAAUCUUUUCCACAGUUUUAUUCCCUCACAAGAAAGGGACACUUGGUUACGGAGGAGGAUGUUGUGAAUAAUUUUGUGGGCGUUUUUCUGCACCCUUCCUAUACUAUUCCAUUAAUGGGAUGCUUCUGUCCCAUUGCCCGAAAAUUUACAGAUAAAACUAUAGACCUGCUUCGGCUUGUGCCAAAUUUAAGGUCUAAUGUUCAGAGUACUAUCAUGGAAGAUGAUUUUGUCAAAGUUUCAGAUGAAAUUGUGAAUGUGAUUGAGUUUUAUAGCAAACAUGGAAGGGGUCUAGAUCUUCAUGAACUUGCUUGUUUGGCCUUCUGUCGUGCUCUUGACAUGGCUCCUUUUCUACUUGGUUCUGUGUUAAACUACUUCAAGUUUGCUCCUUCUCCGUUUCAACGAUUUUCGAGGCAACAAGCUACCCCAUCAAUGGGGGUUAAGAUUGAAACCAGUGAACUGCUUGUUGCCCAAAUAUCAUACCGUUUCCUCAUCAUGAAAACUGAAGUUUUCUCGAAGCUCUGGGACUGGUCAUGUUUCAUGGACUUCUUGGAAGAGCCCAUCGGUGAAUAUGUCACAGCUGAAGCAACUGACCUGAUUUGGUGUGGGGUGCAAAUAAUAACCAUUGUCUUCAAAUUGAGUUAUGGGGCGAGUCAAAACUUGAAUAUUGGAUCAGAACAAGCAUCUAAGUGUCUUUUGCGUUGGGAAGCAUUCUGCCAGGAUACAUCAAUAGAGAAAGCUGGAUUGUAUUCCAGGCCAGUGGCGCAAAAUAUGCCAGGUUCUUUGGAUAGAGGCAUCGGUUUUAGCCAAGAGAACUGUUUACAAUCCUUUGGUCUUGAUUUUCAGGCUGUUAGCUUGCCGGAGGUGCAUGGUGUUGAGCCACCUUGGAGGAGUCCAAAGCUUGCCACAUGGAAUGAUAAAUUUAAAAGUAAUACAUUCAUAUUGACAUCAAAAGUGAAGAAAAGUUUUGAGAGGGUCCUGUUGGCAGUGAGUCAGAAGUGGCCUGUUCUUUUAUAUGGUCCUUCGGGUUCUGGAAAAUCUUCUCUCAUUGCCAAGCUUGCUCGGGAUAGUAAUAACCAGAUUCUAUCUAUCCAGAUGGAUGAUCAAAUUGAUAGUAGAACAUUGGUUGGAGGUUAUGUGUGUGCAGAUAGGCCUGGAGAAUUUAGAUGGCAGCCAGGGUCGCUUACUCAGGCUGUGCAGAAUGGUUUUUGGAUUGUUUUUGAGGAUAUCGACAAAGCCCCACCAGACGUGCAUUCUGUUUUAACACCUUUAUUGGAAGGGACUGGCUCAUUUAUGAUCGGGAACGGGCAGGAAAUAAGGGUGGCAGAAGGUUUCAGGAUGUUCUCAACUGUUGCAACUUCCAACCUUGAAGCAUCCCAGGGUGCAGGUCGAGGUUCACUUAGUGUCCUUUGGAGAAGAGUGAUGGUUAGGCCUCCAGAGAAAGAAGACUUGAAAGAUAUAAUCAUAGUUUGGUAUCCAAUGUUGGAGCUUCUUGUUGACAGGCUUAUAGAAACUUUUGUAAGGGUUAACUCCACCUGCAUGCAUCAGAUUGUGGGUUCCGACUCUGGGACUUCUGCUUCUGUUGAUUGCCUCAACAGAUUUUCGUUGAGGGAUCUCCUUAAAUGGUGCAAGCGUGUUGUGGGCUUGGGGUUUAGCUAUGAUGGUGGUUGCAUAUCAGAGUACCAAUGUUAUUUAGUGUAUAAAGAGGCUGUUGAUGUUUUUGCAGCCUUCUCAACUUCGUCUAAACAGAGGUUGUCUAUAAUGAAAGAAAUAGCAAAGUUAUGGCCGGUGCCAAUAUCAGCUGCUGAGACCUUGUAUCCCCAUGACAAACCAAUAAUUCAGGAUUCUGUCACUGAUUUAAGAAUAGGACGUGUUUCCCUCCAAUACACUACAAAGCUGUGA